AGUCUGAGGAAGAGAUGUGAACAUGUGACUGAAGGAAGUGAUGAAACAGGAAGUAGAACCCUCCUCAACAGGAUCUACACUGAGCUCUACAUCACAGAGGGACAGAGUGAAGAGGUGAACACCCAACAUGAGGUGAGACAGCUUGAGACAGACUCUAAAAAGAAGACCCUCCAUGAGACUCCAAUCAAGUGUCAGGACAUCUUUAAAGCCUUACCCGACCAACAGAACCAAAAGACAAGAGCUCAACCCGACCAACAGAAACCCAUCAGAGUGGUUCUGACAAACGGCGUCGCUGGUGUUGGAAAAACCUUCUCAGUGCAGAAGUUCACUCUGGACUGGGCAGACGGCUCAGAGAACCAAGACCUCAGUCUGGUGAUCCUGCUUUCAUUCAGGGAGCUGAACUUGAUCAGAGAUAAGGAGUACAGUCUUCUUGAGCUGCUCCGUGUUUUCCAUCCAACAUUACAGAAGGUCACAGCAGAGACGCUCGCUGUCUGUAAACUGUUGUUCAUCUUUGACGGCCUGGAUGAAAGCAGACCGUCGUUGGACUUCACAAACAGGAAGGUUGUGUCUGAUGUCACAAAGAAAUCACCGUUAAACACACUGUUGACAAACCUCAUCAAGGGGAAUCUGCUCCCCUCAGCUCUCAUCUGGAUAACUUCUCGACCUGCAGCAGCCAAUCAGAUCCCUCCUGCAUGUGUUGACAGGCUAACAGAAGUACGAGGCUUCACUGACGCCCAGAAGGAGGAGUACUUCAGGAAGAGGUUCAGUGAUGAUGAAGAUCUGUCCAGCAGAAUCAUCUCACACAUCAAGACAUCCAGGAGCCUCCACAUCAUGUGUCUGAUCCCGGUCUUCUGCUGGAUCACUGCCACAGUUCUGGAGCACAUGAUGAGCACAGAGCAGAGAGGAGAGCUGCCCAAGACCCUGACUGACAUGUACUCACACUUCCUGCUGGUUCAGACAAAGAGGAAGAAGAACAAGUAUGAUGAGGGACUUCAGAUGAGUCCACAUGAGCUGAUGGAGGCCGACAGGGAAGUUCUUCUGAAGCUGGGGAGGCUGGCGUUUGAACAUCUGGAGAAAGGAAACAUCAUGUUCUAUAAAGAAGACCUGGAGCGUUGUGGUCUGGAUGUCACAGAGGCCUCUGUGUACUCAGGAGUUUGUACAGAGAUCUUCAAAACAGAGUGUGUGAUCUUCCAGAAAACAGUCUACUGCUUUGUUCAUCUGAGCGUUCAGGAGUUCCUGGCUGCAGUCUACAUGUUCCACUGUUUGACAAACAGGAAGAGAGGUGUAGUGAAGGCUUUCCUUAACGACAUCAACAUCCUUUAUCAAACUUUUGAAAGUGAUGACUCCUCCCUGGAUGACUUAUUCCUGGAUGACUUCUCCCUGGAUGACUCCUCCCUGGAUGACUCCUCCCUGGAUGACUCCUCCCUGGAUGACUUCUCCCUGGAUUACUUAUCCCUGGAUGUCUUCCUGAAGAGUGCCAUGGAGAAAUCCCUGAAAAGUGAAAAUGGUCACCUGGACCUGUUUGUUCGCUUCCUUCAUGGCCUCUCUCUGGAGUCCAACCAGAGACUCUUAGGAUUCCUGCUGGGUCAGAAAGACAACAGUCCAGAAAUGAUCCAGAGAGUCAUCAAGAACCUGAAGAAGAUGAACAGUAAAGAUAUCUCUCCUGACAGAAGCAUCAACAUCUUCCACUGUCUGACAGAGAUGAACGACCUCUCAGUCCAUCAGGAGAUCAAAGAGUUACUGAAGUCAGGGAACAGAUCAGAGAAGAAACUCUCUGAUAUCCACUGCUCUGCUCUGGGCUACAUGCUGCAGAUGUCAGAGGAGGUUCUGGAUGAGUUGGACCUGAAUAAGUACAACACAUCAGACCAGGGACGACUGAGACUGAUUCCAGCUGUGAGGAACUGCAGGAAGGCAAAGUUUUCUGGCUGUGGACUGUCAGAGACUCCCUGUGAAGUCGUGGCCUCAGCUCUGAAGUCCAACCCCUCCCAUCUGAGAGAGCUGGACCUGACUGACAACGAGCUGCAGGAUUCAGGAGUGAAGCUGCUUUGUUCUGGACUGCAGAGUCCAAACUGUAGACUGGAGACUCUGAGGUUUUCUUGCUGUGGACUGUCAGAGACUCACUUUGAAGUCGUGGUCUCAGCUCUGAAGUCCAACCCCUCCCAUCUGAGAGACCUGAACCUGAGCUUCAACGAGCUGCAGGAUUCAGGUGUGAAGCUGCUGUGUUCUGGACUGAAGAGUCCAAACUGUAGACUGGAGACUCUGAGAUUGAGGAACUGCAGUUUGUCAGAGAUCAGCUGUUCUUCUCUGGCCUCAGCUCUGAAGUCCAACCCCUCCCAUCUGAGAGAGCUGGACCUGAGUAAGAACAAGCUGCAUGAUUCAGGAGUGAAGCUGCUGAGUGAGGGACUGCAGAGUCCAAACUGUAGACUGGAG